GAAUUUUGGGAGGGGGGAGCAGUGUCCUGGAGCCUUUAAUAAUUUUGAAUUUAUCACCACAGGGAAAUGCUACCACUGGCCUUGGCCCCCCUUUUCCUCACACAACCCAAAAACAAAACAAAAAACAACCAAAAAACCAAAAACAAAAAAUAGGAAUUUUGGGAGGGGAAAAAAAACACCCCCAAAACUCCAUUUUUUUCCCGAUUUUCAAUGGUUUUGCCCCGUUUUUGCAGCUUAGGAAGCUUUACCUCAGCAAAGGGAGGGAACAGCCACAACCCGGGCUGUUCCUGCCAUGGGCUCCGGCCCCAUCGACCCCAAGGAGCUCCUCAAGGGCCUCGAUUGUUUCCUGGGCCGGGAUGGGGAGGUCAAAACCAUGGAUGGCAUCUCCAAAAUAUUCAGCCUCAUGAAGGACUCGCAGAAGAUGGUGAGUCGCUGCAUUUACCUGAACAUCCUCCUGCAGACCCGGGCCCAGGACAUCCUGAACAAGUUUAUCCGGAUCGGGGGCUACAAGCUGCUCAACACGUGGCUGACGGGCUCCAAGGCCGCCAACAACGUCCCCUUCCUGCAGCAGCUGCUGCUCACCCUGCAGCACCUCCCGCUCACCGUCGACCACCUCAAGCAGAACAACACGGCCAAGCUGGUGAAGCAGCUCAGCAAGUCCAGCGAUGAUGAGGGUGAGACCCCAAAACCCUCCUGA